UUAUUUUUGUAUAGAUUGGGUGAGAACAACAAAAGUUUUUUUUUCUUUGUUGUCUAGACUUUUACCAACAAAAAUAUCAGAAAGUGUGUCAUAAGAAUUUAUUCAAAUUUUUUAACAUAUAGUCAUGUUGACCUGCUUUGCCGCCGAUUGGCAGUUUUGUCACGAAAUUCUCUAAUAGUAUUGGAUGAUUAAUUUGUUUUGUAAAUGGGUUUUCGGAGUAGGUCUACCGUUACUUUAUACUUUGUGUGAAAACUUUAAAGGCCGACUGAGGUAAAGGAUUGCCUCGUGUGUCGCAUUACUCAGAGAUGCGCGCGUCCCGCCGACUAAUCGAUACCGUGACGCAGCAUUUAGGUGAGGGGUCGGCCGUUAACGUGUUCAUGUGUAUUCCGAGGGGGUUGUAAAGCGCACAUUCCGUCGUCAAUUCGCCCUCAGUUGUGUUUAUCCCUCCAAAAAGUACGCCGCACAAUGCUCUCGUUUGCCGUUCUUUGUUUUGUGAUGCGCUUUUAAUUCUCAUUCGCUGAUGUCGUCCGUUCUGUGUCAACAUGUGAAUUGAAUAUAAUUCUGUUACCAUUAUUUUAGUCAAUUGUUUAUCGGAUAAAUUUUAACGACGAUGCACAAUAAAUGACGCUGUGCAGUAACGAGACUAGGAGGCGACAGCGGCGGAUCAACGGGUUGCAGACACCUUGGCACCCUCAGCAAGUGGCUGGAUGGCUAGUACUGGCAACGUUCGGUGCCUGUACAUUUGGCGUGCUUCUGCCCGGCUUAGGUCCAAACUUGUAUCCGGGCGUACUGUUCGUACUCGGUAGCUUGUUCUUCCUGCACAUUGUUUCCCAUGUAGCCGCGCUACUCAUUGAUCCCGCCGAUCCUCAGCUUCGUGUUCGAUCCGAUGUUACUAAGGCCGUGCCCGAUCUCGACAAGGCUAAACAUGCUCAUGUCAUCGAGAACGGGAAAUGUCACCUGUGCAAUAUUUACACUUCUGGCCAUCGCACCAAGCAUUGUGGGUCGUGCAACAAAUGCGUGGAAAAGUUUGAUCAUCAUUGCAAAUGGUUGAACAACUGCGUUGGUGCCCGUAACUAUGUAGCGUUUAUCGUCAGUGUCGUGUCGGCCGUGAUGGCAUGCUUCAUGAUCGUUUUGCUGUGCAUAGUAGAACUCGUGUUGUACCAGGUUGAUCCAUUGCGUUUAGACCAUUUCCUGAAGCCAUUGUUUUCUAAUCAAACCAUACAGUUCAAUCAGCUGUUUAGCGUGAGCCGUCUUCCAGUGGAUCGCGAUACAUUCGUCGUAGUCGCAUCCGUCCAGUGUGCCCUAGCUCUGAUCGCCACCGUUCUCCUACUGCAUUUGUGCCUAUUCCACGCAUAUAUAUCAACACUCGGUAUAACUACGUACGAGUAUAUCAGGAAUUAUAGACGGUAUCCAGAGUUCGAUUCGAGGAAUGGCGCAUCGUCCGCCUCGGUCAACAACCUGUCAAUCGGUUCGCGUAAGUCGUUACUGACCAAGCUGUACGCCACCGCGUGUUGUUACGGAGCGACGUCCCGACGGAAACGUCCAUCAUGUGGCAUUCACAACGUCAACAACGGUCUCAUGUCGGCUACCGUCCAAGACUCUACCGCAUUAUCAAUAGAAACUGUAGAAUCUUACGGUGGUAGACACGGCUUGAGAGGUAUGGAAGUUAAGCUAGAAGACCGAGAUCAGAAUGUACCAAAGUGCAGGUACUGUCUGGAGAAAAACAGGAUUCAGGAGAACACUUUUUUCGUUAUGGAUAAACGGAAAGAAUUCUGCUGUUGUUUUCAAAAACCGGAACCUGUUUUCGAGCGAUCGGUCAUGCACAUCAAAGUACCGCCAUCGCCGUUCGCUGUACGGCGCAAUCGUAUUAUUCCAGCCGACGAUUUGACCAUUGUCAGUGACUGGAAGUCAUUCAACUCGAGUGCUCUGACAACAUUGCCAACAUUGUCAAAGUCUCAAAAGAUCACACUUAAGGAUCUCGGUCAGGUUCUAGCCAUGGUAGAACAACAACCGUUGAAAAAGCAAAGGCGUAAGAGCAAUCCGCAGCUGAAGCACUCAAAAUCGUCAAACCUGUCGCCCAUUCACGAGUCAGGACUUUCUAAUCCAUCAACACCACAGUUAAAAAAUCGCCAACCUCAAACAAGACCAUGUAGUUGGCUGUCUUCCCCGAAAACCGCCCCUAAAAAAAGUUAAUGUUAUAAAAACGCACUAUUUUAUUCGCAUAAAUUUGACCGUUGGACUUCCAUAGCUAAAAUUUGAGUUUAAUUUUUUUUUCUUCUUACCUUUGUACUGUUAACUAAAAAUUCUAGUAUUAUUUUUGAUUUUAAGAAUAUUUCGAAACUUAUAUCAACAUAAAGAUAGUAUAAUUCUAAAUAAAAAUUAUUUAACUUUACGAGAUAUAAUAUCGGUCAUUAUCAAAUGAGUUGAAGUAAUCGUUACUAUUUAAAAAAAAAAUGUAAUUAUACUGAUAUUGUCAAUCAAAUAUCAAGAUUUUGGACCAUAUUAUAAAUUCAUCUUAACAUACCAAUCGUGAGAUUAGUAUUGUAGUGAUUUUUAUAAGAUAAGUUAGUUGUUUAAAUUUUUAAAUAUUAAUAAUUUAUAAUUUAACAAUGUAUUAUAUGAUAAAAAUAAAUAAUGAUGGUAUUCUCUAUCCAUUCAUUUUAAAUUUGGGUUGAAAGGUUUUUUAAAUUAAAGUAGACCGUGGUGUAUAAUUGCACCUCUGGCCAAACAAAAAAUGCCCAAUAGUUAAUAGAGACAAUUUUUUAUAUUUGAUUGUUUAAAUGAUUGAAUCACUUGUUGUUUAAUCUAAAUUUUUUUUUUUUAAUCUUGUGUAUUUUUUUAUUUACUACAAAAAAUUUUUCUUAAAAUUUUCAAUUAUUUUAUUACGUGAUUGAGUUGUGGUAAUGUUUUAAUUUUCUAUUAUUAACUAUAAAUAAUUUUUUAAGUUAUCUCCCUAAAUGAUUUUUAGUAAAAUUAUAGAUAAUUUAAAUUUAUAAAUUAAUUGGAUUUAUAAGUUUUUUACAUUUUGGUACUUUUUUAAAAAAUGUGUUUUAGAUGUAUCUUUAAAUCAUUUAUUGAUAAAGAGUAUUAUUUUAUCAAUAAAAAAAUAUAUAUGACAUAUUUUUAUAUUAAAAAUAUAAUACUUAUACUAUACCUGAUAUCAUAAGAUCAUACUUGACUAUGGUAACAAAUUAUAUAUUUGUUUAUUAUAUAAAUAGCAAUAUCU